AUGGCGUUCUCGUUGCCCCCUCUUCCCGUCAAACAUAAUGACUUCUUGGCCUACGUGAAAUCCAACCCAGAAAGGCGUAUGACAGAUCUGAUCGAGCCUUAUGUCAAAUACGAUGCUGUUUUGCGUCAGACAUUUGCCCAAGAUCCAUCUAAUGCUUCUAUCCAAAAUAACCAUGUCAACAUUGUGCCACUAUACGACCAAAAUCGUUCUGCAGAUGUUCGUAUUCGAGCACGAGACCUUGCAUCCGAGACACCAGAGGAAAAGGAGAAGUACAUCUUGCCACUGAGUGAUGAACUUCGAAAGCCAAAUGGCUCCCCCGCAGUUGUGCCGACUUUGGAUGAAUUCCAACACAACUUUGCUCUCUUCACAGAGGGCUCACUCAGCGAGAUUGACUGGUCGAACGUGGUUGCUGCCGGCAGUGCUGUUGUGACUUCCCUUCUGCCUGUCCCGGAGAAAUACCGCAACUCCAAGAGAGGCCUUCGCCAGUACUAUCACGAGGAGUUUGCACCAGCAUCCGAUGUGGAUCUUUUCUUGUAUGGCUUGACUGAGGAACAGGCACUUGACAAGAUCAAGUAUAUCGAAGACAAGAUCCGCAACACCAUUCUCUAUGAAACCACGACUAUUAGAACAAAGAACACGAUCACAAUUGCCUCGCAAUAUCCAAACCGGCAUGUCCAGAUCGUUCUUCGAAUCUAUCGUUCGAUCGCUGAGAUUCUUACCGGGUUCGACGUUGAUGUUUCUUGCGCUGCCUAUGACGGCAAGCAGGUGUUCGCCUCUCCACGUGCAAUAGCCGCGUACAUGACCCAAAUAAAUCAGGUUGAUUUGACUCGACGAUCGCCAUCAUAUGAAAAUCGACUUUCCAAGUAUUCCCAUCGUGGAUUCGAGGUUUUCUGGUCUCCGCUUGACAGAUCGAAAAUUGAUCCGACCAUCUUUGAACGAAGCUUUACUAGGACUGAAGGUCUCGCCCGACUUCUGGUUCUAGAGAAACUUCCCCAGUCUCAAGACAGAGAUAAUUAUCUCCAAAAGAGACGCGAGGAGCGGGGCCGGCCUGCUCUUAACAUCUACAUGCGUCGCCGCCAGGGGAAGGAUUUGAGAGGAAACAUUAAAGAUGCCUGGGAGGAUGAGGUUCCCGAGUGGCAAGAACAAGACCAAGUGUCUGAUUACCACACCUUUACUAUCCCUUACGGCAGAAACUUCAACGCUAGGAAGAUUGAAAAGCUCCUCUAUACCAAGGAUUUGCUCUUGAACGCUCAGUGGAAUCAGCCCAAGGAUCGCGAAGUUUAUCUUCAUCGCCACCCUGCAUUCUUUGGCGAAGCUGAGCACGUUAUUCAUGAUUGCUGUGGGUUCUGUCCUCAGCCAGUCACUGAAGAGGAAAAGAAGAUUGCCGAAGAGGAAAGCAAGAUCUACAUCUCCGGUGAUGUGAGCUUCAUCAAGGAUGACCCUGGUCGCCAAGAAAUUGGCAGCUUCAAUCCAAUUACAGAGACCGAUUGGACCGAAAUGGCUUAUGUCGGUCGGACUGAAAGACUAUGCCAGGCCAUCGUGUCGAACAAUAUUGAAGCUGUUAAGGCCUUCCUUUCAGAGGAUGGCACUAAUCCAGACCGCCGAGAUUACACUGGACGAACACCGCUUCAACUGGCAUGCAUGUCUUCCACUCCCGAAAUUGUUCAAUGUCUCGUUGACCGUGGUGCUCGCAUGAUCCCACGCAUGGCCGAUGGAAAAACAGCACUGCAUCUCGCCGCUGCCCGAGGAGAUGUUGAGAUUAUUCGCAUUUUGCUCACGAAGAGCAAUCAAAACGAAGAGGAAGAAGAGAAGAAGAAAGAUGCCGAGAAGAAAAAUGAGAAGCAGGAAGACAGGAACGUCGAUGCUAUGAGUGUUGAUGGAGAUGAGACUAAGGACGACAUGUCGCUUACUUCUGAGUCUUACGUGAAGGUUGAGAACGAAGACAAGGACACGGAAAUGACGACCUACGACACGCUUGAAGACAAUGAACUUGAGCCUGAUGUCUACGAUAUCAAUGUGGUUGCUUGGGAUAGUCGUACCUCUCCGCUGCACCUCGCCAUUCUCCAUGGACACGUUGAGGCCGUGAAGGAGCUUGUCACAUCUUUUGGAGCCGACGUUUUGCUGCCAAUCAAAAUUUUGAACGAUUACAGUAAAAAGCCAGAGGCAGCAAUUCUCACUUUGGUUCUCGCUCUUUCACUUCCCUCGGACAAGGCGAGAGAGAUGUCAAAGACUCUUUUGGAACUUGGGGCUUCGCCUGCCCAGGCAGAUCUGGCACAGAAAACGCCACUCUACUACCUUGCCCACUCCAGUGAGAGUGACUUGUUUGAUGUUUACCUGCAACACGACGAGCCAGCAGUAAAGCGGGCCAUCAAUCACCUGGCGGUCAUGGGUUCGCGCUGGUCGCCUGAAUUUUCCUCGACCCUGAUGAUCUCUCUGACAGCUAAGAACUCACCGGUGGCAGCAAAGCUACUGGACGCAGGCGCCAAGCCAGAGAUUAAGAUCGCCGAUUUCGUGAAAGCCCUCAAGGCCCAAAGAGAAACCAACCAGCUACAUGAUAAUGUCAAAGAAGAGUUCAAGUCCAGCAUCGAUCAGCCAAUCUUGCAAGCCGUUGAAAGCGAUCUUCCUCUGGUUGCCAUUGAUCUUCUUAAUCGCGGAGUCAAUGUCAACACUGAGCGAAAAGAACGAUACAGGGCGAAGGGUGAGACGGUUCUGGAUAUCACAAGGGGAGUUCUGAAGAGCCUUCGGGAAUACCUGACCAGCUUCGGUUUCAGCGAGCCAACACCAGAUCCCUAUGCGAUUACAUUUGAUAAGGAUGACGAGUCAUACUUGGCCGACUUCAUGCCCGGGAGUUACAAAAUGUUUAUUGCAAAUGUUCAGCUGCGCAGUGCACGGAAAAAGGCCCAUGAUGCCGCAGAGCGAUUUAAGAAAGCACAGAUUGUGCCAGCUGAUCCUCCAGGAACAGCCGAAAAGAAGCAAGCCAUCGCGGAGUUAAGUCGCGAAUACGAAAAACUGGAAGCUGAGCUUUUGGCAAGAGGCGCGAAGACAUUUGAAGAGCUUCAUCCUGUUUAUCAGCCGGCACAGCCGGUGAUUCCUCAAGUGCAGCCUGAGACAAAGGAACAUAAGAAGAAUGUUUUUAAGGUCCGGUUUAACUUCAACUUGCUCGGCAUGAGUGAUGCUUGUCGUGAAGGAUAUUUGGAACUAUUUGAAGCUGCGUGGAACGGUGACAUUGCCACCAUCAAGACCUUGACACUGGGUAUGUGGGGAGCAACUCAAGAUCAGCUACCCCUCGAGAUUGCUGUGAAUGACUCAAGAGGUAUCUCAUGUCUUUCAAUUGCCAUCAUGCGUGGCCACUUGGCGGUUGCCAAAUCGAUUCUUCAAAUCCUGCGCGCACAGCUGAAGGUUAAAGAGCCCCAUGGGAACAAGCAAAAGCGGUUUGAGAUGGCAAUCAAUGAUGAGUGCUCAUCUGAUGAGGAAGAGGAUGAUGACCGGUUGAAUAUCGUGGGUGAUGAGGUUGACGAUACUUUCACACACGACAACGUUGGCGAAGUCAUCAGUCAUGUCGAGAGUGACACAACUCCUUUCCAGGCCUUCUCAAAGCAGUUUGAUGCUUUCCUAUUCCUCGACGCGCUCCCACCAAAAUACCUCUGCAGAAUCGUUCCCGAAGGCAACCACUACUAUGGAAACCAACAGGGUGUGAAGAUCAACAGUCUUGUGAAGUACGCGAUUUACAAGAAUGACCUUACCCUCUUGGAUUUCUUGUUGGAGACUGGAAAUGAUCUAGCUCAGAACAACCCAUCUGGAAAGUUCAAAUUCUCAGUCUCCUCUGAGGAGUUCCAACUUGCCAUCGGGCUCGGUCGCAUCGACUGCCUUUCCAAGCUAAUUCGGAGCACCGGGGCUGGACUUCCACUUGCCAAACUGAGUCAAGACUGCGGAGUCGAAGCUCGCAAGGAGCCUCAGUACUAUCCUGGCCUGUCGAUCCGUGGCACAAAGCGUACUGAUUGGGCUGAUGCUGGGCGAGGUGGAGAUGUCGGAUAUCCAGAUCAGCGCCCACCUCUUCUAAUUGCAGCCCUCCAGGGCAAUCUUGCCAGUACGGAGUUCUUCCUUGGUACUGGUCCUGGAAGGUACUACCUUGAGUAUUUGAACUCGAUCCCGGAUGAUGAGGAUGUUAAGAGACUCGCUCAGUCCCAGCUUGGCGUUGAAGGGACACUUUUGAACUGGUUACAGAUGAGAAACAACCUUGUGAUCCAUUGUGCUGUGAUGUCCAGACCAUCUGAUGAAACAGAGCGUCUUGUGCAGUACCUUGUUGAUCAUCAUCCUGAAUGCGUCGAGGUCCGGUCCAGUGGCGGAUUCACACCCCUCGCCUUGGCCAUGUCGCUCCAUCGGGUCAGGUUCGCUCGUAUCCUGAUAGCCGCAGGAGCCAACCAAGCAACUCGGGAUUCGGAAGCAAACAAUCUUCUGCACUUGAUUCUUAGCUCGGCCCAAGGUCGGACUUGCAAGAACUCCGACCGAUGUGCCAGGCUUAUCGGUCUCCUCGACCCGCAGCUCAUCCCUACAAUGCUGGUCGAACGGGCAGGCGAUGACUCACAGACACCUUUCGCCCGCUGGCUGAACCGUUACCCUAGGUUCCGUCGCGAUGAACCGAUCUUGCCAGACCAUGCUUUUGACCCGAAGUCGGAGACAGCGAUGGUUGUUUCCAUGACAAAUUUGAUUUUGGAUCUUGCAAAUUCCUCCAACCAAAGGCAUCUGGAGCUCUUUGAUGGCGCAGGAAACACUCCGGCUCAUGAUGCAGUCAAGGGAGGCUUCCCCGAAGUCCUGGAACAAAUGCUGGACCGUCGCCCUGACCUUCUGUACCGCGAGAACGCAACUGGAACCACUGCACUCGAAAUGGCCGUGGACGCUUGGGUGAACCAAAGUACCUCAGCGCCACCUUCAAGUCCUGUCAAGGGCAGAAGCCUCCCGCCUCAGUCCUUCAACAUGGUUGUUCGCAACCCAGUGUAUUUUGUCAAAGGUAUCAGUGCCCCAGAAAACGAAGUGAAUAUCAUGCUGCGGGUCUGCCAAGGUCGCGCUCACCAACGUCCUGCGAAGAGAAGACUGGUCAGUCUUUUCGAGGCAAACGAGGUUGCAAAGAGGUUGGCAGCUAGAUCAGAGGCUUCUGCGGAACAUGGAAAUGGUCGUCGUCAAUGUCGUCAUCAGCGAUCCUCAGACCGUGAAGUAGAUGAGGUUGCCAUGUCUCAUUUCUUAGCUUCUCAGUGA